AUGGGCGAUACUGCACCCAAAGACUCAUCCAAGGAUCUCAGCAACCGCUUUGCCGCCCUGACUGUCAACGAGCCGUCCCAGGCUUUCCUCGAAGAAUUCCGCAAUGCGCCUCAUGAGAGACCAGUACCGCGCGAUGAAGACCCGGCGUCUUACGAAGCAGAGCCCCAGACUUCCAUCGAGGACGUUUUGUUUGCCUUCACCGUUCUGGUCAACGACCUGGACAGGAUUCAGUCUCAGAUCGAGUGGAUUUGGUCCAAUCACCGCAACCGCAAAUUUGAUCUCGCUGAUGCUGCUGUUGCCACGAAUACAGCCAUCUCCGUCGCUCGCGGGAUGAUAGAAGAAGUUGCUCCUCUUUUGGACGCGCACGACAGAGGCGUCUCAGGCGUUCUCAACAAGUUUUAUCUCAUGAUCUGCCUCCAGAAGGGGUAUACAGCAGAACAGGUCCACCUCACCAACAGCCGGGACAAUUUCAACUACAACACGUACGACAUAGCCAACCAAUGCUACAUGGUCGCCUUCCAACUCUUACAAGGCUUUACUGACGAUCUCAAACCUCACCAUAUUCCCUUAGUCAAUGAAGGCAUGUUCGGCGAAUACAACCCUAACAGUGAUCGUGCCUCCAAGACAGGUCAGGAAAAGUUCCAGGAAGACACAAUACUUCUCCUGGAGUUCUUCACGGAACUCGUUACCGUCAUUCAAUUAAUCCCCAGCUACCCAGUCGAGGACGAGUUUCUGCGCGAAAUGAGGAAGUUCGAUAAGGCGCCCAUCGUUUCUUUUUCGCUCAUCAUUACCGCCCAGGUCUUCCUGGACAUUCAUCACACAAUGCGUACCGCAACUCGACGUAGCUUUAAGGAAAUAGUUCAAGAGGCCACUGUGAUGGACAACUCGUUGGGACGCCACCUGGAGUUUCACGAACGUUUAAAGAUCAACCAUUAG